UUGUGAAAUACAGAUGUACGUACACGUAACAAAAAUCACCCAAUUCGUUCCCCAUAAUAUAUUAGGCCAAAUCUCCCUCCAAACUUUCACAUAUAUAGUCACUCUCUCUCUCUCCUCUUCAUUUAUUCCUCCAGCCUAGUACCACCCACUUUCCUCCUCUUCUCCUCAACCAAAAAACUACCUUCUACCCAUGUUUUAUCACUUCUUUCUCCACUACCCCUUUUUAAUAAAUCUUCCGAAAAGAUAUUAGAGAUAUAAGAUAUCGAAAAAUAUAUCCUGAAAAAAAAAAAAAACACACUUCUAAAACUCCUCAGAAAUCCAUUAAUUUGACAAAAACGCGAACAAAUGGAAGGAAUUUCAGCUAAUGUGUACAAAGGUAUAAGAGGGUAUUGGAAAAGAAAAGGGUAUAAAAAGCUAGUCAAAAACAACAGAAAUAAUGUCCAAGCCGGAGACCCGGUUGUUGACACCGGGUCGGGUUUGGAAACAAAACCGGGUCAGGGUCAGGGUCAGGGGCGAGGGCGGAGGCGGAGAUUCUUUCGGGUAAAAAUAGGGCGAAGGAUGCGGAUCUGGAGGAAGGUAGUGGGCAUGCCUAAGAAGUGGCUGACCCGUUUAAGGGAUGCAUAUGUGAAUAUGAUGCUUAACUUAGCUAACUCCGGGCUUGCGGUUGGCAGUGCCGCAGCCGGGUUUGGAGGAUCCGUUGAAUAUAGCGGGUUUGGGUAUGGAUAUGGUAGUAAUAAUGGUAAUAGAGGUCAACUUAAGGAAUAUGAUGAGAAGAUGAUUGUUGAAAUUUAUAAGUCUUUGAUCAUUGCUCAAGGACAACUUGGAAAUGGUGCUAAUAAAGUUACUACUACUACUAACUCUCAGCAGCAACUUCUUAAGAGUCCUCCAAAAAUUACCAUUUCUGCGCGGUAACUUUUUUUUUUUUUUUUUUUUAAUUUUAAUUUAAAAGUUUUUUUUUUUUUAGAUUAAUUGAUUAUGAGGUAAAAAAAAAAAGGUUGGAACAUGUUACUAGUCUUCCUACUAGGCACUAGCUAGUGCUCCAAGCUGACUUCUAUGUCAUGUUCUUGAAUCUUGAUCAUUGAUGUGUAAGGGUAUUUUAGACUUUUAAUUUUGAUUAUUAGAAUAAUAAAAUCUCAUUAAUUAAUUUCUAGGUAUGUUAAUUGUUAUUCGUACCCCUAAGAAAUAAUGUAAUCUUCCAAUCAACUAUGUAUAAUUGUUUACAUCAUACUUUUUAAACUAUUUAAUCCUUUCUCUCA